GCCGCUAGCAAAUAGUAAGCCAGCACGUCACUUUGCAUUUAGGUUUUACCGGGGGAACAUUUGCAAGGUUGCGUAUAAAUAGAAAGCUGUAGUUAGUGGUUGCAUUUGAGGGAGGCAAUCAAACCUUUGAAGAUUAAACAUGGGUAGAUCUCCUAGUUGUGAUGAGAGUGGCCUCAAGAAAGGUCCCUGGACCCCUGAAGAAGACCAAAAACUUGUCAAACAUAUUCAAAAGCAUGGCCAUGGAAGCUGGAGAGCCCUCCCUAAACUUGCUGGUCUGAACAGAUGUGGGAAGAGUUGUAGAUUGAGAUGGACAAAUUAUUUAAGGCCUGACAUCAAGAGAGGGAAGUUUUCACAAGAAGAAGAAGAAACAAUUCUCAAUCUUCAUUCAGUUCUUGGCAAUAAAUGGUCAGCAAUUGCAAGCCACCUACCAGGGAGGACUGACAAUGAGAUAAAAAAUUUCUGGAACACUCACCUGAAGAAGAAGCUGAUUCAGAUGGGAUUUGAUCCGAUGACUCACCGGCCUCGAACGGACAUCUUCUUGAGCUUGCCUCAUCUUAUAGCUUUGGCUAAAUUGAAGGAGUUCAUGGUGAAUCAAUCAUGGGAAGAGCAAGCAGUGAGAUUACAUGCUGAAAUGAAUAGAUUGCAAUACCUACAAUGCCUUCUUCAACCAUCAGCUGGUUCAUUUCCAGCAAGCCAAACUUCUGCUUUUGAUAUGGACACGAUUAAUCUUUUGAACUCACUUUCUUCAAUCAAAGAUGAUAACAACAACAACAACAACUCUCCAAAUGAUUUAAAUUUAUCACACCAAGCCUCUCUUCAAUCUCUCCACAACUCAAUCCCUUUCUCUCAUUUGCCAAAUUUACAAGUCCCUUGUGGCUUUCAAUCACCUCUAAACAUUAAGGACACAAUUGGAGCUCCUACUGAUGAUCAGUUUCCUUCUGUUCCAAUUAACUCACCUAAUCCUCCAUGGCAGCAGCUUGCUUCAUCUUCAGCCCCAACACCAUCUCCCCCUUCCACGGCUCUACCGCUGUCGUUAAACACCGACACUUCCAUCAAGUACAACACAUUGGGUGAUGCUUGUAGUUCUUCAGUUUGGCCUGAUCUCCUCCUUGAAGACCCUUUAUUUCAUGAGAUCGCUUAGAUAGUUAAUAGAUAUAUAUAUCAUGGGUUUGAGACUACUGCAGGUUUGGACUAUUUUUCUACACCACCACCACCACUAUAGUGUAUAUUAUAGCUUCUCUAGUCUAUCCACUUUAUGUAUAAUGUUUCUUUCCUCGUAGACAUCAAACAUCUGAUCACUUUUCUCAUCAGUAUAUAUUAGAUAUAACGUUCCAUGUUCUAAUUAAUUUAACAAUUAGCUAAAAAUAGUACUUAAUUAGGAGUUU